UAAAGACAGGAUUUGGACAUAUCCAAAUUUUGAAGCCCAAAUAAUUAAAAAAAAUUCCUAUUACCCAAAUCUCACACCUCUACGUGAGAUUUACCUGAGAUUUCUUCCAGCCAAGCACGAAGGCAAUCUCACACCUUCGGAAGUGAAGAAGGCAUCUGCAAACCAAUCCACAGAGUUUUGACUGCAGGACUUAUCAUAAUACAAAUCAUUCAGUGCUGACAACCAUGGCUUCAUCCUUCCUCCCUGCAACAACAGACUCACUUGUUCUGGCUUCAGAGGCAAAAACUCCAUCCGAGUCUCUCUCUAUCCUUCACAAUAUCCUUAACAGCCCUUCAUCCUCUUCCGACGCUCUAAGGAUAAAGGAACAAGCAAUAGCUAAUCUAUCUGACCUCCUUAGACAGGAAAACAGGGCUGAUGAUCUCAAAAACCUUCUUACCCAAUUACGGCCCUUCUUUUCCUUGAUACCCAAGGCAAAAACUGCUAAAAUUGUCAGAAGCAUAGUUGAUACAUUGGCGAAAAUACCCGGCACUUCUGACCUUCAGAUCACCCUUUGCAAAGACAUAGUUCAGUGGACCCGUGAUGAGAAACGGACUUUUCUUCGCCAAAGAAUUGAAGCCAAACUUGCUUCACUCUUGAUGGAAAGCAAAGAGUAUGCUGAGGCGUUGACUCUCCUUUCAGGUCUCAUCAAAGAGGUGAGGAGAUUGGAUGACAAGCUUUUGCUUGUGGAGAUUGACUUGCUAGAGAGCAAACUUCAUUUCGCAUUGAGAAACCUCGCAAAAGCAAAGGCUGCGCUUACUGCUGCUCGGACUGCAGCCAACGCUAUAUACGUGCCUCCAGGUCAGCAGGGUUGCAUCGAUCUGCAGAGCGGGAUUCUCCACGCUGAGGAAAAAGAUUAUAAAACGG